CAGUCUGCCUGCCUGUAGCAUGAUACACAGAGUGCCAUGCAGCACAGCUGCAUGAUCCUCCAUGCGAACGAUCAGCUUCUCUCUCGAGAGGCCUCCACGAGUUCAUGGGCGGCUCGCAACUUGCUCUCCUGAAAGCAGAUAGGUGCCAACCAGCAGCCACACGCGCAAGUGCCUUGUCGGUGAGUGCUUACGAGCAUGCGAAUGAGUCCAUUGCUGUGGGUGUCCUUCCGUCUAAGUGCACGGUCGAUGGCCGACGCAGCGAUCCGCACCUGAGGCUGCAACCUGGGCGCGCCACCGGCACAGCAAAGGUCAAACGACACACCACCACCUACAAACACACACACACACACACACGAGCAGGUGUGUCGGGCUCUCUUUGUUCCUCCAUUGUUUUACCGUCAUUGCAAGCUGCUUCAGACCUGGUGCUGUGUUGUUGUCGGUCUUCUGUUUUUCUUGGCAGGUGGCUUGGCAGGCCCGCCACCCGCACGCUUCACCCCACCACAGGCCCGCACGGUUCACGCCACCACCACCAGCAGCCACCUGCACACAGACACGACGAGAGGCGUCAGAUGGAGGUUGUCGGCACUGCUCUCUAUCUCACCUUUGUCGGUUUCGCCUUGGGCGGCUUCUUGCUGCUGACUGGUGGCCCGAGACUGACGCCGAGGUCCAGGUCCUCCCAGUCGAGUGAAGGCGGCUCGAGCCAGUCAUGCAGGAGGUCGCCCUGGCCGCACCUGUGUACUCGAGACCCGGGCAGAGUGGGAGGGAUGGGCGGGGCAGCGGGCGAUGCACUGAUAGAUAGAACUGCAAAGAAAAACACAGAGAUGAUUGAUCGUCACGUCUGCGUGGUUGGGUGUGUGUGUGUUGUCUGCUGUGUGUGGCGACUGUCACCCCGAUGGACACAGGGGCUCCAGGAAGCGCAAGCACGUUUGCAUCCCGGCAGCUGCCUCGGAUGCAGGCGGCCGCCUCUCAUCGCCGAGGUCGACGCAUGUGUCCUCGGGCUCACCAUCAGCAGGGCCGCUGACUUGCUGGGCAGGUGACGCUUCUUUGCCUUUGUCAGCUGCACACACAAGACAAAUCAUCUACUGUGAACCAUAGCAGACAGAGAUCUGCUUACCCAUCUCGGAGUAGUUCACGCCGCCGCAUUUGCCCGGUCCAUGCCUUCUUCACAAAACCACAAACUGAGGAUUCAGUGAGGAGCAGAACUUGAUACUUGAGUCCUUCUGCCCCAAUGCCCGAUCCCAGACAAAGGAAUCUCUGGCGGCGGAGAUCCUCUCCGGAGAUCACGUGGGAGAACAUCCUCAGCUCGCGCAUUUUCU